AUGGCCUCUUUGGUCUGGGGCUUCAUCACUGACUUCUUCACCUAUGAGACCACCAAGUCUGUGGUGGUGAAGAGCUGGUCCGUGGGAAUCAUCAACCGGAUUGUACAAGUGCUCAUCAUCGCAUAUUUUAUCGGGUGGGUCUUCAUCCAUGAGAAAGCCUAUCAGGUGUCCGACACCGGCAUCGAGUCCUCGGUUAUGACCAAAGUAAAAGGCUUCGGUUACCAUCAAAACCGCGUCAUGGAUGUUGCGGACUACGUCUUCCCCCAGCAGGGUGCGAGUGUGUUCUGCAUCAUGACCAAAGUCAUCAUCACUGAGAACCAGUAUCAAGGAAGAUGUCCAGAGUAUGGCAAGGGCUUUUCUUGUCAAAACGAUGAAGAUUGCUGGAAGCAUUAUGGUACCGGCCUCUCAAAUGGUGCCAUUACAGGUGUUUGCCUGUUCAGCAAUAGCACUCACGGACAGUGUGAGAUUGAGGGAUGGUGUCCGUCUGAAGAUGACACCGUUAAGAUCAAACCUAUGAAUGAUAUUGGAAACUUCACCAUCUUCAUCAAGAACAGUAUCAGGUUCCCUCUCUUCAACGUCACCAGGGGUAACUUUCCACCUGACAUGACAGCACAGCAGAUAAAGUCAUGCAACUACCAUCCAGAGACAAUGCCAUCCUGCCCUAUUUUCCGUGUGGCGGACAUCAUCAACAACACUGGACAGGAUGUGACUAAACUUACAGAAAAGGGUGCAGAAAUAGGAAUAAAUAUUGAGUGGAAGUGUAACUUUGACCUAGACGUUGAAAAAUGUCUCCCAAAGUAUUCAUUCACACGACUGGAUGCAGUGUUUGAAAAGAACGCUGUCUCCAAAGGCUACAAUUUCAGGUUUGCCAAAUAUUUCAAGACAGAAAACAAUACUGAGUUUCGGACACUUCACAAAGUGUUUGCCAUUCGGUUUGAUGUACUGGUCACUGGAAAUGCAGGAAAGUUUGGCACAGUUCCAACUCUCAUUAACCUGGUGGCUGCCUUCACUUCUAUCGGACUGGGUACAGUUCUUUGUGAUAUUAUCUUGUUGAACUUCAUGAAAGGGGCAGAGCAGUACAAAGCCAAGAAGUUUGAAGAGGUUUCAGAGGCUCAGAUUGAAGCAUCCAUCACUCAGAGCCCAGACAGCCAGCUGUCACUCAAGGGAGGAAUGAAGAGCUCCUACGACUCGGGAGCACUUUCCCUCGAUAACUCUGAUCAACCAGUUUGACCGACAGAAACGACAACAAUAACAACAUAUGAACAUUCACCUUCCUUUUUCAUUUGAUCCCAGCCCCCUGUCUUAUCACCUUGAAAGAAAUUCACCCUGGCUUUUCUGGGUUUUUGAAUCCUUUAGUUUUAUGGAACUGGAAAAUGAUGAACCAAGAGGCUGCCACACGGGGAGAAGAAAAUAAAGCUUUGUGUUCCAAAAUAAUAUCUGAUACACCAGACUCUCCUGGAUAAUAAAAUGCAAAAAGAGAAAGAUUUAAGAUCUGAGUCAAUGUAUAGUCACCUUU